GUGAUGUGUGGCUCUCAACAUGCCUCCUCAUACCACUCUUCCAUACACCACAAAACACAAGAAAAUCAAAUCUUUAACACAAAUUCUAACAUAUCUACAAUAACCUCAAAAAUAUUUUCAUCAAACACAGAAAGUUUCAAUGGCUACUUCAAUUUCUGCUACUGGAUUCAAAGGGGUCGUUUCUUCUUCUUUCCAUGGAAGCUGGGGAACUUCCAUUGUCGGCGAACCCGUGGUGGCGGUGGCGCCGCCAACCAACGUUCGGGUUGCGCGUCCGGUCCGAUCACAGCCUAUGAUGAAAAAUGUUAAUGAAGGAAAAGGUCUUUUUGCUCCAAUUGUUGUAGUCACUAGGAACAUUAUAGGCAAGAAGAGGUUCAAUCAGCUCAGAGGCAAAGCCAUUGCUUUACACUCACAGGUAAUUACUGAAUUUUGCAAAUCAAUAGGAGCAGAUUCUAAACAAAGGCAAGGACUGAUUCGACUAGCAAAGAAAAAUGGAGAAAGACUUGGGUUUCUUGCAUGAUUGGAUAUCAUUGUUUUGUCAGUUUAAUGUACUUUGUUUGUCCCAGAAAGAGAUGUAGUAGAUUAUGUAUUAAGAACAUCAAGAAAAUGUACAACUUUAUAUGAGUUCACCUUUGAAAAUGGGAUCUAUAUUUAGAUUUUCCUUGUUCA